AUGCCUCAAGCCCAAGUCGACACGAAGCUCAACCCUGGACUUGGCCGUCCUCACUUUGACUUGACCAGCCAUUUCCACAGCAGCAUCGGCCGGGGCCUGCUCGCGCGGUACCUAGCGCUGCCGGACCACGCCGUGAUCGCGGCGAACCGGGACCCGGACGGCGCUUCGUCGCGGGCGCUGUCGUCGCUGCCGCGGGGCGAGGGCACGCGGCCGCUGCUCGAGAAGUCCAAGUGGGAGCCCAUCCUGAUGACCAACAUGGGCGGCACGACCGGCAGCUCAAGCGCCCCCCUCCCCUUUUCCAACGCAGCCUACGGGCCGUCCAAGCUGGCCUCGGCCUGGUACACGCUCAAGAUCCACCUUGAAGAUGACUGGCUGCACUCGUUCUCGCUGUGCCUUGGGUGGGUUCACACAAACCUGGGGGAUGCGGCUAAGGCCUUUGGCGUCGACGAGGUGCUCUCGGCGACGACCAAGGCAGAGCACGGCGGGAAGCUCAUUCUUUACAACGGCGAGACUGUGGCUUGGUGA